AUGUCAAAGCCGACCCACAAGCCGCGCAAGAAGAAGGGCGACUCCGCCGUCCUGGCCAAUCCCCGUCAUGGCACCGUCAUCAUUGAUCCUAAGGACAACGUCGCCAGGCCGGCCUUCCCGCUCGUCGCUUUCCUCUGGCCGGCCAAGGGAGCAGUCUCUCAAUGGGUGCUCUUGCCGCUGAUCUUGAUUGUUGUUGGCCUGUUCAGAUGGGCUACAGCUUUUUGGGGCUAUUCUGGCUUCCAGAAACCGCCAAUGCACGGAGACUUCGAGGCUCAGAGGCACUGGCUGGAAAUUACCGUCAACCUUCCCGUGUCCCAAUGGUAUUUCCACGACUUGGAGUGGUGGGGUCUCGACUACCCGCCACUGACGGCAUACCACAGCUGGCUCCUUGGAAAGAUUGGUCACUAUAUCGAGCCGGCGUGGUUUGCUCUUCACACCUCCCGCGGCCUCGAUGACCCCGUACUCAAAGUGUUUAUGCGUGCUACCGUCGUUGUCUCUGAGUACCUUGUCUAUAUUCCGGCCGUCGUCAUCUGCCUCCGCCGCUACUCUCGCUUGCAAGAGGUCAAUACCUGGGAAUAUUCCCUAGCUCUGGUGGCCAUUCUGAUGCAGCCUGGAUCCAUCUUGAUCGACCACGGACACUUUCAGUAUAACACCGUGAUGCUUGGCUUGGUUCUGGCGAGUAUCUCGAGCAUGAUUGCCGGCCGUUUCCUCUGGAGCUGCGUCUUCUUCGUGGGAGCGCUUGGAUUCAAGCAGAUGGCCUUGUUCUAUGCCCCUGCUGUCUUUGCGUAUCUUCUUGGAGUUUGCAUUUCUCCUCGAGUCAACGUUUCACGCUUCCUCGGAAUUGCCCUAGUCACGGCCCUCUCGUUUGCGGUUUUGUACGCACCGCUCAUCGCCGGAGCAGUCUACGAUUGGUACCGGGGCCUGCCUGUUCACGAUCUGCCUACGCCUCCGCUACUUGCGAAGCUGCCGGUUUCCAUCGACGAGAAGUCUUGGUACUUCCCGAUACUUCUGGUCGUCGCCCAAUCUAUCCACCGCGUCUUCCCGUUUGCCCGCGGUCUGUUCGAGGACAAGGUAGCUAACGUAUGGUGCUUUUUCCACACCUUUCACAAGCUGAACCGGUAUCCCACCGAGAAGCUCCAGCUUGGAGCAUUGGUCCUGACUGGAGCUCACAUUCUCACACCAUGCAUGGCGCUCCUUGUCAAACCGCGCAAGGAGCUUCUUCCUUUGGCUUUUGCCGCCACUUCGUGGGCAUUCUUCUUGUUCUCCUAUCAAGUUCACGAGAAGAAUGUUCUUCUUCCUUUACUACCCAUGACGCUCCUCCUUGGUUCUCGUAGCGGAAUGCUACCGUCGGCGCGAGCUUGGGUUGGGCUGGCCAACAUCCUGGGCGCCUGGACAAUGUAUCCGCUUCUCAAGCGUGACGAGCUGGCUGUCCCGUAUUUCAUCCUCACGCUACUCUGGGCCUAUCUGCUCGGACUUCCUCCGACUUCUUUCUCGAUCUUCCGCAAUGAGACCCCCGGUCGCCUGAGCAUCAUUGAGAAGCUGAUUCACGCCGGUUUCUACGUGGCUAUGGUCGGCUGGCACAUCGCCGAAGCAUUUGUAAUCCCACCGGAGAACAAGCCGGAUCUGUGGGUGGUGGCAAAUGUCCUUGUCGGCGCUCCUGGGUUCUACAUCUGCUACCUGUGGUGCUUGUUUCACUUGAUCCGGGGUUUCAAGAUGGCGGUCAGGGUGGAUGAGUGGAAGAAGACGCAGUAA